AUGCCGGAGAUUCGAGAGCUUCUUGCAGCUUAUAUCUUUCUCUCGCACGCCUUCACCACCCUCAUCUGGCCCACAGGUACCCGUAUUCUGGAUCUCUGGUAUGACAAUCAAACAGGCGUCGAUGAACCGCGCGAGGAUCGUCACAAACUUCGGCUGGUCGGGCGCCUUAUCCCAUCGGAACGUGUGCCAAACCCCGAAAGAAUGAGAACUUCGCUGUGGCCAUCGCAUCUUUCCUUGCAUCAGGUUCGGGGCCUGAGGCUGGAGAAGAUUGAGUACAACUGCCGAUGUCUGUUUCUGAAGUUCCUAGACAUCUACGAUCAGGAGACAUGGAUGAGUGUAAGGUUCUACACGCACACUUCCGUGCAGGUCUACACGAAUAAGCAGUGGUUUUACAGCGUCGCUUUGACGAACCAGGAUAAGCGGGGAUUCCGAAUCCAGCUGGCGAUACAGUUUCCAAAGUACAUCAUAGCGUUUGUGACUUUAGAUCGCUUAUGUGGGAUCACUUGGACGACAACUCGUGCAGCUCUACCUGGCGCUUCAUGGCCAAAUAUUCUUGACGAUUGGUCAGGCUUUCUUAGGGAGAUCCUCCAAUGGCGCAGGGACUCAAUCCGCAAGCAAACACACGAAGCCCGGACGAAGAACUAUAUCAUUGAUGUUCUUAAGGCAAUCAAAUUCAGUGGUGUUGGCGUAUAUACCGUGUCGGAGAUUCUUCAUAGAGCUGGCAUUGCUCCAUAUCUAUCGGAAAGCGCUGUCUUUGACAAUCCACCACGACUGGCUCGCCUUCUGGAGUCGUUGUACUAUUUUGUGGCCGUGUUUCGUGACAAACUCUAUGCUGAGGUUGUACGCCCCUGUAUCAAGGGUGGUGUGCUUGCUCCAACCGAGGGACAAAGGCUCCGAUACGCACGCUAUCUUUCCGUCCAUGGAAAAUCCAAGCUUGAGGUCCCUGCGCGACAAUAUGCCUUGAUUGAGGCAUAUAAGAAUGCCGCUCACCCAUGUUACGACUUCUUCGAGCCUUCUGCUAUCAAGGAGUAUAUAUUUCUGCCUGGGCAUCUCGCGGAACUCAUCUUUGGCGACCAUUGCGCCAAGGUCGCACCACCGGGCUGGACUUCCAGCAGAAAUCCAGUCAUGGAGGAGUUCUUCCCUCACACAGUCAGACAGAGCCCUUUGCUCAGAGACGCAACACGCGACCCAGCUUUGCCCGUCCAGCGAUUUCUGGAUGAGUGGUAUAAAAAGACUGAUCGGACCGCGUCAAUUGUCCAGCCGCCAAAGCGUGCCCCCGCACCGGCAUUGCCGAACUCUAAGCAACAUAAACCUCCCGCCCAUACCAUACCCCAUCGUCCUCUUAGUACAUUCUCCACAUAUCUUGACCUCUCGGCAUACCAGUCGUACAAAGAUAUCGCCAACAAUGGUAUUGUCAAGCGCAAAGGUGGGAAAAACUGUCGUGUGUACGCUGCACGCUACAAAGACAAUGAUUUCUGGUCUGUGAUAUCACUUCCUCGGGCGCUACGGGAUGAUAAAUUCACGCAGUACACUGAAGAUAAACAAGCGAAGCUUACCUUCGAGCAUUUGGUUUUACAUACCCGCCUCUGGGCUGUGGGGCCACUGGAGUACUGUGGUUCGGCCAUCCCGCUGCUUCCAAAGAAGGGAGAAGGCAAACUCAAUACCCAAGUCAUUCUCAUGACGCACAUAGAUCCCCUAGUCCCCCAGAACAUGGUCGAGCGAAACCUUCUGCGCGAGCACCGGGAGAAUGACAAACUGCUGGAGUAUAUCGCAGCAUCUAGCCGUGCCCGCCUCCUCCAAGAAAGCUGGGGCCAGAGUCGCCUUGAGGAGAUUUUAGCCAAAUACAUUGGAGCUAAGAUCCGCCGCCGGGAGGAGGAGGCUGAACAGCAGAGACAAGACGAUGAGAUCCAAUUUAUGAGGGAGAGGACGUUUUACUACACUAUUUCUCGCGAGCUCAUCUUCACUCCGAUCGUGGAAUCUGUGCCGAUACGCAGCACUAGGAUUGCACUCAUUGACCAGACUUGGCACAUCCGACGACUUCACUACAGAGCUUGGCCAGAGCUCUAUCCAAACGGUCUUCCACCUCGCCCUUCCAUUACUUCUCAAGAUAAGCUCAGAGUACGCCGUGACCCGAACGUGACUUGGAAAGACGACCUCCUCAUUCCAGGCUGCCCGUCCUUGUUCGAGGUGUUUCCAUCGAAGACACCAAUCACAUCACUUCCUAACCGCGAAUCUUUCCCUCCCUUUGACCGGAAGGUCCCGCCACCACCAGCCCUCGAUGCGUCAGACGACAAUCAUGAUGGACGGCAACCAUUGAUCCUCCACCAUACCUUAAAGGUCAUACGCCAAGACGCGUGGGGCCCCAGCUACAACCCUCCGAAAACGCCUUCAGUGACCGUCGCACGUCCAUCCGCACCCCUCACCACUGCUCCGUCCUCAAGACGCGAUCCUCGUCAAUCAUCGCUACUCGACCAUUACAAAAAGGCUGCAGACGAAAAACGGUCCAGCUCCAGGCGCGAACCUCCUAGAGCGACCGUCGCACGUCCAUCCUCACCCCUCACAGCUGUGUCAUCCUCAAUGCCACAGCCUCAGAUGUCCGGAACUGCCCACACUACCGAUGAUCCCUCAAGUGUUGUAGUAGUCAGCUUGGCCACGGUGAGAUCCAAACGGAAGUAUGUCAAUGCAGAUUCUGCAGUGAUGAGUGCAGUGGACGGGCCACCCUUGGAGAAGAGGCGGAGUAAGAUGCCAAGACGGGAGUAG